CGCACCUCAAACAGGAUGUAGCGGCUGAGACAGAGCACGGAAGGACACACGGACAAUAAGACAGACAGACAGGCAGAGAAAGAGGGUCGCUUUCAUGCGGGUCGGACACGGCGAUGUGACAAACAGCGGGCGCACAGAAAUGACCGCCUCAGCGGAGGAGAGGAAGACCAGAGUGGGAGACCCGKGGAGGCACCUCCUCACCGCCGGCAGGUCUUGACGGCUGCUCCCGCUGACCUGACAGCCUGCCCCGCCGCCGCAGAGCACGGUUCAAACACCGGAAAAAAAACCACACACCGCACAGACCGAAACACCCCACAACCUUCAGCUCGACCAUGGCGAACCAGGGCGACUGCUGUGUGAAGGUUGCACUGAGGAUUCGUCCUCAGAUGGCCAAGGAGAAGAUAGAGGGCUGCCAUGUCUGCACACUGGUCACACCGGGAGAGCCACAGGUCCUCCUGGGGAAGGACAAGGCCUUCACGUAUGAUUUCGUGUUCGACAUAGACUCCGAACAGCAGCACAUCCACCAGACCUGUGUGCACAAGCUCAUCGAGGGCUGCUUUGAGGGCUACAAUGCCACUGUGUUUGCUUACGGGCAGACCGGCUCAGGGAAGACCUACACCAUGGGGACCGGUUUUGACGUGACCCUGAGCCCACUGGAACAAGGCAUCAUCCCACGGGCUGUUCACCAGCUAUUUGAGGGGAUUCAGACCCGGAGGCUCAGUGCCCAGGAGGCCCGCAUUCAGCCGCCCGAGUUUAAAGUCAGCGCCCAGUUCCUGGAGUUGUACAACGAGGAGAUCUUGGACUUGUUUGACGGAGCCAGAGAUCCAGAGAGUCGCAGCAGAAAGUCCAACAUCAAAAUCCACGAGGAUGGCAACGGCAGCAUCUACACUACAGGAGUCACCUCCAGACUGGUGCACUCAGAGGAGGAGCUGCUGCAGUGUCUGAAGCUGGGCGCUCUGUCCCGCACCACAGCCAGCACGCAGAUGAACGCCCAAAGCUCCCGCUCACACGCCAUCUUCACCAUCCACCUCUGUCAGAUGAGAGUCUGUCAACAGCUGCAAAUGCAGAAUGGAGGAGGAGGGGGGAACGAGGAGGUGAAUGGUGUGGACUCUGGUCCCAUUUCUCAGCCAGAGUAUGAGACGCUGAUGGCCAAGUUCCACUUUGUAGACUUGGCUGGCUCUGAGAGGCUUAAACGCACUGGAGCCACGGGAGAAAGGGCCCGAGAGGGAAUCUCUAUCAACUGUGGCCUGCUCGCUUUGGGAAAUGUGAUCAGCGCAUUAGGUGAUCAGACAAAAAAGGCAGGACACAUCCCGUACAGAGACUCCAAACUCACCCGACUGUUACAAGACUCCCUGGGAGGCAACAGCCACACCGUAAUGAUCGCCUGCGUCAGCCCGUCAGACCGGGACUUCAUGGAGACGCUGAACACGCUCAAGUACGCCAAUCGAGCCCGAAACAUCAAGAACAAGGUGGUGGUGAAUCAGGACAAGACCAGCCAGCAGAUCAACGCCCUGCGUGCCGAGAUAGUCCGACUCCAGAUGGAGCUGAUGGAGUACAAGGCGGGGAAGCGUGUCGCAUGCGAGGACGGUUCCGAGGGCUACAGCGACAUGUACCAAGAGAACGCCAUGCUGCAGCGAGAUAAUGAGACGCUGCGGCUCCGAGUAAAGGCCAUGCAGGAGACCAUCGAUCACCUCAACACCCGUGUGACUCAUCUUCUGGCCCAUGAGGUCAGCACUCUGCUCACCAAAUCAAAUGAAGGCACUGAAGAGAUUGGAACUUUAAUACAGAAGUACAUCAGAGAAGUGGAAGAACUCAGAUCCAAACUUCUCGAGAGCGAAGCCAUGAACGAAUCGUUGCGACGGCAGGUGGCUCGGCUGUCCUCACGCUCCACGUUCCCGGCCGCCGGUCUAAGCCCCGCCCCCGGCCACCCCCUCGGCUCCUCCCCCGCGCCCAUGUCCAUGGAGGCCGAGAUGACGGACGUUCUGCGCCGCGCCAAGCUGGACAUCGAGAGGCUAAAGAAAAAGGAGAGGAGGCAGAGGAGGAUGAGUCCUGAAUUGGAGAAAGGUCUAAAGAAACGAGUGAAGCUGCACACUCAGGAGAACGGAGAGAGCAGGCGAAGUGGUGAAAAUGGACAGAACGGAGAGGUCGACUCGGAUGACAACUACACCGAGGACAUCAUGUCUCCACUGCAGGAGGAGAGUGGCUGCGAUGAGGAUGAAGGUGAAGAUGAGGAGGAGGGCAGGGAGGAAGAGGAGGAUUUUGAGAGCGAUGAAAGUCUGGUGGAUUCAGACUCAGACUCUGAUGAAAAAGCCAACUUCCAGGCAGACCUGGCAGACCUGACCUGUGAGAUAGAGAUCAAGCAGAAGCUGAUAGACGAGCUAGAGAACAGCCAACGGCGGCUGCUGAUGCUGAAGCUGCAGUAUGAGGAGAAGCUCAUCCUGCUGCAGAAUAAGAUCCGUGACACGCAGCUGGAGAGGGACCGGGUGCUGCAGAACCUCAUGUCCAUGGAGAACUACACGGAGGAGAAAGCCAACAAGAUCCGUCAGGAGUACGAGAAGCGGCUGAAGGAGAUGAACCGCGACCUGCUCAAGCUACAGGCUGCACAAAAGGAGCACGCCCGUCUCCUCAAAAACCAGGGCCGGUACGAACGAGAGCUGAAGAAACUCCAGACCGAGGUCAACGAGAUGAAGAAGGCCAAGGUGGCGCUGAUGAAGCAGAUGAAGGAGGAGCAGCAGAGGAGGAGGAUGGUGGAGGCAAAGCGGAAUCGUGAAAUUGCACAGCUCAAGAAGGAGCAGCGACGACAAGAGUACCAGAUCCGGGCGCUGGAGUCUCAGAAGCGGCAGCAGGAGCUGGUGCUGCGCAGGAAGACCCAGGAAGUGACCGCCCUGCGGCGCCUGACGAAGCCCAUGUCGGACCGUGUGGCCGGGCGCGUGGCCCGUUGGAACCAGACCCCCCCGGUUACGGACUCUGGGGCCGAUCUGUCGGCCAGCACCACGGCGAGCAGCUCUGAAGCGGAGGGUGCGAGGACGGUGAGCGGCUUGGUGCGUCAGUGGAACAAUAAGAACAGCACGUACGGCUACCUGGGGGAGAGCGAGGGCAGCAUGGACGGAACGCGGGUCAUUGGCAGGAGGAAGCUGCAGCGGAAGCCAGCAGGUCUGGGCAUCCCUGCAGCUGCAGGAAGAACCACCAGCUUCUCCAAGUCGGCCCGUCAGAAGUGGCAAACCCUCGAGCGUCGCAUUAUGGACAUCGUCAUGCAGAGAAUGACCAUUUCUAAUGUGGAAGCUGACAUGGAUCGCCUUAUCAAGAAGCGGGAAGAGCUGACGGCUCAGCAGGAGGCGCUUUCACACAAGAGACAGGUACUGAUGGCAGACGGGGAGGGACCAGAGGCCGAGGACCGCCUCCUUCAGGAAAUCAACGAGGACAUAGAGGUGCUGAAUGCAAAUAUAGACUACAUCAACGACAGUCUGUCGGAAUGCCAGGCCACCAUAGUGCAGAUAGAGGAAACCAAGGAUGAGCUGGACUCUGUGGACACCUCCGUAGUGAUCAGCUCCUGCUCAUUGGCUGAAGCACGUCACCUGCUGGACCACUUCCUGAAGGCUUCCAUUGACAAGAGUUUACAGGUGGCUCAGAAGGAGACCCAGAUCCGGCUGCUCGAAGGCCAGCUGAGGCAGACCGAUGUGAUCGGCUCGUCUCACAAUCACAUGAUCCUGGAUGCGUUACGUGAAAAGGCUGAAUACAACCCUGAACUCCAGGCUCUCAUUCACAACGUCCAGCAAGAAAAUGGUUAUGCCAGCACAGACGAGGAGCCCUCCGAGUUCAGCCAAGCCUCUGACAGCAGUGUUUCACAGAUGAAGGAAUCAAACAGCCAGGAUGAUUUCAAAUUAAAGAUGGAGCCUCGUCUGUCGGGCCAGAUGAAGGCGGUGUCAGCGGAAUACCUCGGUCCGGUUCUGGACCCGUCAUCAGGCAGCAAACAGCAGCACAUCACCAAGUCUCUGGCCUCGCUGACAGACAUCCAGGAGGACGGCCUGAGUCUCGUUCCAGGGAGUCUGGGCUUAAGCUUGCCCCUGCGAGACCCCUAUUACAAGGACCGUGCGUCCCGCACCAUCAGCCUGCCUGUUAGGGGUCACACCUUUCCCAGGCAGUCCCGGGGUUACGACACUUCCCCUUUAACAAGAAGGAAAUCUUAUGACCGUGCAUACAGGCCCACUGAUGGUUACACUCCCCCCUCCUCCCCUCCUCUGCGGACCAGAAACGACCGCAACGUCUUCUCCAGGCUCACCAGCAACCAAACCCAGGGUUCUGCUCUGGACAAGUCGGAUGACAGCGACUCCUCGCUCUCCGAGGUGCUCAGGGGUGUGAUCAAUCCCAUCGGGGGUGUGAAGGGGGGUCGGACAGCACCCCUGCAGUGUGCCUCUGUAGCCGAGGGCCACUCAAAGCCGGUUCUGUGUGUGGAUGCUACAGAUGAGCUGCUGUUCACUGGAUCUAAAGAUCGUACCUGUAAGAUGUGGAAUCUGGUAACGGGUCAGGAGAUCGCCACCCUUAAAGGACACCCAAACAACGUGGUGUCUGUGAAAUACUGCCCCUCCUCUGGUUUAGUCUUCUCUGUCUCCACCUCCUACAUUAAGGUGUGGGACAUCCGCGACUCCGCCAAAUGUAUCCGCACACUCACAUCAUCAGGGCAGGUGAUUUCAGGGGACGCUUGUGCAGGCACAACCACCCGUACUAUCACCUUUUCUCAGGGCGAAUGUCAAAUCAACCAGAUAUCCCUGAACCCGUCAGGUUCUGUGCUCUAUGCUGCUGCUGGAAACAUUGUUCGCAUGUUUGAUCUCAACAGGAUGCAAGCAACAGGCAAGUUGACGGGCCACAUUGGUUCAGUCAUGUGUUUGACAGUGGGACAGUCUCUGCUGGGCAAAGAUCAAGUCAUCACUGGCUCCAAAGACCAUUAUGUCAAGGUGUUUGAUGUGGCAGAGGGAACUCUGGGUAACGUGGGUCCAGCUCAUAAUUUCGAGCCUCCGCACUAYGACGGCAUCGAAUGUUUGGCCGUGCAGGGGGAUGUGCUGUUCAGCGGCUCCAGAGACAACGGCAUCAAGAAGUGGGAGCUGGAGCAACAGGAACUCACACAGCAAAUCCCCAAUGCUCACAAGGACUGGGUGUGCGCUCUGGCCUAYGUACCUGGUCGGCCCAUGCUGCUGAGCGCCUGUCGGGGCGGCAUGCUCAAAGUGUGGAACGUGGAAAACUUCACACCCAUAGGAGAGGUCAGAGGUCACGAGAGCCCCAUUAAUGCCAUAUGCACCAACUCCAGACAGAUCUUCACAGCKUCCAGUGACUGCAGGGUGAAACUGUGGAACUAUGUGCCAGGCUUGACCCCGUGUCUUCCUCGUCGGGUCCUGGCCAUCAAGGGCCGAGCCACCAGCCUCCCAUGAUUGCCUGUACUCUGCUCACCAACCCUCCAUUCCUCUGUGACAAGACGGUGAAGAUCUGGCUGUCAAAGGUGUGGAGGAAGAGGUGAGGAUCAAAGWGUGUGAGGAUCCUUUGUCAGCUGAUCUGUGAGCCACGCCCCCUUCCAGUGGCAGAAUGUGACGAUGCAGUCGCAGUUUCCGAGGCAAUCAAGGUGUGGAUUAGAUAGUAAAAUGGUGAAUUAUGUAGUCCGGAGGAGAGAUGGAAGAAAAAGCCUUUCAGAUUUUGUUUACUGCCAACUUCGAAAGUGCCAUUCUGGUGUGGUGCCGUUCGGGAGAUAAACUGCAUCAGCCUGGCGGUGGAAACAAUUUGUCACCUGACAUGAAAACCACAGCCUGCAGCCUGGUUUUAAAUGAAAGUGUCCUUCUGUUCUUUCACCAAGGUUUCAGACAGUGAGACGUGAGUCUGCUCAUGUCUCUGUGGGACUCCCGUUCCUGGAUUAAGGACUGUUUUUUGACGAGGCUUUUCCGAUACAGAGCACACUGGAGAAUCAUGUAAAGUGUUCAUCUGUGCGUUUGGCUUAAACCUCAUUGAAAGAUAACUCACAACACCUGGACUUGGUGCCCGUUUGCUCUCAGUAUGUGACUGAACCAUCAUGAUUUGUUUGUGUCGUUAAUGUUAAUAUUAGUUCUAAUUUAUUGUCUUCCCUACCUCAGUUGUUUUGAAUUUAGGUGUAAGGUGGGUGGGAGCAUUAUUACGGGUCUCUGUGUGUAAACACUCGGUGCUUUAUGUUUUCAAGUCGUUGCUUUAUAGGGAUCGUUCCAAUCAUUUGAAAUGAGGUUCUGCUGGAAAAUGUUAUGAACAAUGAACAUCUUACCUGUUUCAGGUCACUCUUUGAGCUGCCUCAGUUUGGAGAACUAGAGUUAAAUUCUAACUGAUCCAAGCGAGACAAGGUGGACGUUAGUUUUACCUCAAUAUUUACAUGGAAUUGUUUGUUUUGGAAUCAAACUUAGAAGGAAAGUGGUGCAGCACGGAGCAAUUUCAGCAAAGAUUGUAAAAUUUCUCUUGGGAUUGUAAAAUUUCUCUUGGUGUAAUGUAAAACUAAUAACAUAAAAAUCUGAGACCAAGCAGCUAAAAUCUACAAAACGUCAUAGUAAUUCACACAAUUGUUAUUUUAUAUAACUUUCCGAUGCUACCACUUUCACAUAAAAGUGAAUUGCACAGAAUUCUGAAGUUAUUUACUAGUGCAAAUAUCAGCAACAGYGGCUAGCUGUAGCAGUUCUGGUGCACCUCUGACAGGAAUAUCRUAUUUAAGCAGAGAUGAUUUAUCAGUUGUCUAAAGGUUUUAAAAAAUUWGUUUGAACUGCUGUGAAAUUUGGARAUGUUUUAAAAUGACAGCGGUUCACUUAGCUCCACUUAGACUAGCCGUUAGCUCAUCAAUCGAGUCAGAAUUAAACAAUAUAUAAAAUCKUUUUCAUGCAUAAACUUUUUAACAGAACCUCACGUCAAAGGAUUUGAAUGCUCUCUUUAUUGUUUUUCAUCUCUUUGUGUGGAUGUUUCCUCUGUGGCCUUCAGGUUGCAGAAAGAUUGGUCCAUGUCCAGCAGCUCAGCUGAGGUGGUGCUGGUCCUAGAGGGAAUUAUUGACUUAUAAUAUCUGCUCUGUAAUGUGCUAAUAUUUACUAAAAAAGAAAAAAAAAAGUGAUGCAGUUUUCUGUUUUUCACAUAGUGGUGAGACAGGUUAUUGAGGCCAAAGUGUCACAUCUCAUCCCUCUACAUAAACCUGUUGUUUAUCAGACAGGUAAACGGUAACAGGAGUUCCCUCUGUCUGUUUUCAGCUCCUCUCUGAUCUUUAAUGUUAAGUAUCAGACUGACCAGUCKCACUUUAGUGUCCACCUCAGCUGCUGAACCUCUCCUGGAAGCCAUUUUAAUUAGAGCUCAGCUCUGCUCGCUGCUUUUCAGGCAGGAUUACUUGUGUGAAAGUAGGUCAUCACUGAGAGGGAUUUUUAUUUUUCUCUCUUAAAAAAAAAAUCCAAAUUUUCUUCCACCCACUAUUUAGCUGCUACACCCAGAAGCGGGAAGAAACUUCCUUUUGCCUGAUGUGCACUGAUGUUCAAAUCUGUUUAUGUGGCAGAUUUGGUGUGUGUGGGCAACAUAUGCACAUUUGUAAACACAUAAAUCCAAAAUAUGAGCGGAUGUUUCAGCUAUUUGUCUUGUCUGAUAGGUUCUGACAUCCUUCACUGUGUUGAUUUAGAGUCUCCUUAAUGAAACACUUCACACACACACACACACACACACACGUUUGUUUCUCGACCCUGUGGGGACCUUCCAUUGACUUCCAUU